AUGCCAUCGCCAACGCUCAGACUGCGCCCGGGAAUCCCAGCAGACAUCGAGGACAUGUGCGAGACGGUCCUGGACGCCUUUUCGGGCAACAUGAUCGGCCGCACAUUCUUCCCCCGCACGUCAGCAUCCGCGCGCACGUUCUGGCUGGACACCCUAGCAGAGGAGGUCAAUGACCCGAACGCGCGCUUCGUCGUCGUCGAAGAUACGGUGUCAUCGCCUCCGGCCCUAGUCGCAUUUGCCAAGUGGAACACGCCUGUGUGUUGGCCUGCGGAUGGGGAUCCGGCGCUUGCGAGUGUGUUCUUUGGGAAGCUUGCGGACAUGCAUGAGCAAGUUAUGGAGGGCAGGCCGCAUUGGUACUUGGAGAUGAUUGUUACGAAGGGGAAGUACCAGGGGAAGGGGGCUGGAAGCAUGCUGAUGAGGUGGGGUGUCGAGAGGGCGGAUGAGGAGGGCUUUGAGUGCUACUUGGAUGCUACCCCUGAGGGGAAGCUACUAUAUCAUAGAUUCGGCUUCAGGGACGAAACGACCUGGUGUUUCUUCAACGAGACCUACCGGCAUUCGUUUAUGGUUAGAGCUGCGACAAGAAGGAUUGGCAAGGAUCAGACUGUGUAGACUAUUUGUAUGCUUCAACUACCUCUACUAAGGCGGAGCCGCAAGAAGCGUCCUGUAAGGACAACAGACAAUGCAUUUUAACACAGCUGAAAUGAACUGUCAUCCUUGAUGGCAACAAGCACAUAUCA